AUGAUUGUCAAAGACAAUAUAGCCGAUAACGAAUUUACACAGCUGUUUGAAGACUAUUCCUCCGUCAGUUUAGCCUCCAACCUGGAUAAUAAUAGUUCUAAUCACGCUGCAACCUCAACGGCAGCCCAACAACACCGAACUUCACCUUUUACCAUGUCCCCUCUCCUCACCUUAAAUCAAAAGGAGAGUGGGAAUACGAAAGAUUAUAUUAACGAUAUUGUUUCCUCGUCCGUAUACCCUCCACCCGCUCAGGAUCCUCAAAGAGUAUUACGUCAAAUGAUGAAUCUCUGUAAACAUAUUUAUUCAAGAGGUUUAAUCGAAGGAAGUGGAAGUGACGUGACAAUUCAAGCAUUUGAUAAAAAUUAUCAUUUACAUAGGAUCAUACUUUAUCAAAAUUCCUAUUUUUCCGUUUUGUUGGAAGGUCCAUGGAAAGAAAGUGGGCAAAAAGAUAUAGAACUUCGAUUUGAUGAUGAAAACAUCACGCGUGAUGCAUUUGAAAUAGCAUUAGGACGUUUAUAUGGUAGAUUAGAUGAGAUUAUCUCGCCUUCCCAAGUAUUGAAUCUUCUUGCUACUGCAUCUUUUCUUGACCUUCAAGAUUUAUGUGAAAUGUGCGUUGAGGUAAUAUUAAGAGAUAUUAAGGAAGAUACCGUUGUACAUUAUUUAAAUUUUGCGACUUCUCAUUUUUAUGGUACGCAUUCUGAAAAAAUUACAGAAUCAUGUUUCACUUAUCUAUGCAGGGAGGGAUUUGAUAAUAUAAGACUUAGACCUGCAUUUUUGAAAUUACCUGCUGAAUGGCUUAAAAGGGUGAUUGAAAGUGAUGCUUUUUGGGUACCUAGUGAAUAUGAAAGAUAUAUAUUUGCAAGAGAUGUCGUUAGUCAAAGAAGAAAAAUCAUUGCAGAACAAAAGAGACAUACUUUAGUAUCAUCUUCACUAGUUAAUGAUACAGAUUUAUCUUUGGAAGUUUCCCUUCCUACUUCUCCUACUUCUCCUACUUCAUCAACAAUUCCAAAUUCUACCCAUAAAGCAAAAAGGUUACAAGAUUCAACAUUUUCUUAUCAUACGAGAAGAUCUUCAUCAAUUAGUACAUUUAAUUCUAUAUGUUCUUCAAAUUCUUAUCAAACUGAAAGUGAUGAAUCAAUUUAUAAGGCCAUAUUUACUUAUGCAAUAUAUUAUGCUCACAUGGCCUUUGAAGAAUUAACCACAAUUUUGUAUGAUUGUGAUGAGACAACGAGUGCUCCAUUUGCACCCGAUUAUAUAUUAAAAGAAGCUUUGUGGCAACAAAUAGAUUUACGUAAUAAGAUUGAAAACGCUGCCGAAAAUGAUAUAACCUUGGGUAUAUCUUCUUCUGAAGUACCUCCUAGUUCAACUGGGGUUCAUUUUGAGAUUCCAUCAGAUGACACUACACACAUAGGGGAGGCAUUGACCGGUUUGGAGGACAUGAUCGGGGGUGGAACGAAAGCAAUGAAAGAUGGUGAAGGUAGAGGGAAUGUGGAAUAUUCAUUAUUUGCUCCUUUCAGAUUCAGUGUCGAAUUUGCAGAUGUAGCAAAAUUAAAAGAGAAGCAAAGAGUUUAUUCCGGCACAAAAUUCUAUGCUGGGUCUAAUUGGAAUAUGUAUAUUCAGAAAAUAAAAACACCACGUAAAGGUAUACAACUUGGGGUAUAUUUACAUCGUCAUUCAAUGCCUGAUCCAAAUUCAUCUGGAAAUACUUCUAGUCCCUCAACAAUGAUGAAUGGAUCACCCACAAAUAAGCCUCGGUCAUCCUCACCAGGAACCGAAGAAAGAUACGCUACUGCUGCUCGUUCAACUAUUCAUAUGAAAAGUAACAACGAGAAAAGUUUCUCUAAAUACGCUGAUAAGAGAAAGACGGUUAGGACAUGGUUUAAAAUUUUCUGUCCUGCUAGGGGUCCUAGUCAUGUUUUAACACAAUUCCAAAGUAGCCCUGAUAAUUUUGCAUUAAUGCAAAGUUGGGGAUGGCGAAGUUCCAGUCUUUGUCAAGAUGAUUAUCUGUUGGAUGUUCGUGACUUUGAUAAUUCAUCCACAUCAAUAUCUACUAAUUCCUCAACGUUAAAAUUUUCUGUUGUGAUGGGACAUGUAUAA